AUGUCAUUAGUCAAUAGUUUCAAACUAUUGCUAAUUACAGUAUUUUUGUUUCAUCAAAUAACAGGUCUAUCAUUUAAUCGACCAAAGUUUUGCCCAUUAGCAACGUGGAAUCCAACUGCCCAAACUUUUGCAAGUUGGCUUUCAAUUGGUCUUUAUUCUAGUGGUGUUUUUGUUAACAUCAACAACACUGUUUAUGUUGGAGAAUCAGCGUACAGUCGUGUUCAAGUAUGGCCUGUAGGACAUAGCAAUCCAACAAGAACCAUUUCAAGUGCUUUACAAAGUUCGCAAGCUAUUUUUGUCACUAGCUAUGGUGUUAUUUAUGUUGACAAUGGCAGCAAUAACCGUCGAGUCGAUAAAUGGGCAUUAAAUGCAGUUACAAGUACAUCCGCACUGACUGUUACCGAAACAUGUUACGGUCUUUUUGUCGAUACCAACAAUUUACUGUACUGUUCCAAUGGGAUUACUCUACAUCAAGUUAUAACAAGAUCAUUGAAUAAUAAUGACCCGAAAUCAACACGUAUUGCUGGAAUUGGCACACCUGGGUCAACGGCGUAUGCGCUUAAUCAGCCUCGUGGAAUAUUUGUUGAUAAUAAUAUUAAUUUGUAUGUAGCAGACAGUCAAAAUAAUAGAAUUCAAUUCUUUAAGCAUGGUCAACAAAAUGCUACCACAGUAGCUGGAACUGGAGCUUCAGUAUCUGGAAACAUCGCUCUCAGUCAUCCAACAGGAAUUGUGCUCGAUAGUGAUGGUUAUCUAUUUAUUGUGGAUUGUGGUAGUGGUCGUAUUAUUGGUUCUGGACCACUAGGUUUUCGAUGUAUAUUCGCAUGUAGUAAUUCAGGUGGCCCAUUUCCAACACAAUUACAUAAUCCGUUUAGCAUGAGUUUUGAUAGCUAUGGAAAUAUUUUUGUUGCUGACCAAAUUAAUAACCGAAUUCAAAAAAUUCUUUUAUCAAAUAAUGCAUGUUACGAAGCAACUACACAUCAGGCCCAAUUAACUACAAGUUCAACCAAAAUAACAACGAAUAAAGUAACAGCAACUUCUUUAAAAACUGCAACUCAAACUGCUACACAUCAGGCCCAAUUAACUACAGAUUCAAUCAAUGUAACAACAACUUCUUUAAAACCUACAACUCAAAGUACCAAUCAAAUAUUGGCUUCAACUUCAAACAUGGUCAUUUCAAAUCAAAGUUGUUUUCCACCUGGAAUUAUAUUAAUUCCUAGUACAUCGUCGUUAGCGUCUCCACUGCAAUUUCAACGACAACAAGAUUUUUAUAUUAAUUCAAAUAUUUAUCUUAAUUGUAAUACUUCACUUGCAAUGAUAACAAAAUGGACCAUUAGUAAUUGUACUUCAAUUUGCUCACAACAAAUUGUAAUUGAUCAAACAAUCAGUACCACAAAUAGUGAAAUUUUUAUUCCAGCUCGAACUCUUCCUUAUGGUCUUUAUGAAUUAAAAUUAACUGUAACAAUGGUAGCAGCACCUCGUAUGACAUCAUCAGCUUCGGCUUAUGUAGAAAUUACACAAACAGGUAUUACACCAAAUCUUGUUCAAUUAGGAACAUUAUAUGUAACACAUGGAUAUCAAGAAGAUUUAAUACUUGAUCCAGGACAAUAUUCGAUUGAUCCAGAUGAAAAUUCAUUUAAUGGAACCGAUUGGACAUAUGAAUAUUAUUGUCGAAUUUAUAGUUCAUAUAAUUUUCCAAAUAUUCAAGGAGUAUUAAUACCAGUCGAUGAUUCAAGAGUAGAUUUACAGAAUCCAUCAUGUUUAAAAAAUAGUACACUGUUACAAUAUCGUGGAAGUAAUAGCUCAUUAAAAUCAUCCAUAAAAAUUCUACCAACUGCACUUCCAUCAAAUCGUACUUAUCAAUUUAUGGUUUAUAUGGUAAAUCGUCGAAAUUCAAGUCGUACAGCAACUGGUUAUUUACUUGUUCAAGUUGAGAUUAUUAAAUCACCGAUGAUUUAUAUUGCUUGUGUUAUUUCAACAUUAUGUUCAGAAAAUCAAGAAUUUCAACUUGUCAAUCCAACUACACAAGUAGCACUUUUUUCUAUUUGUCCUGAUAAUUGUACAGUAAUAAAAAAUAUAACAUGGAAUGUAUAUCAAGGUUUUGACAAUGGAUCUUCAACAACUGUUCAAUGGGUCAAAUUUAACCAAAUGAAUUUAUAUGAAAAUAAUUGGUUUUUUGGUGUGAAUACAAGUAAUUUUACAGCAACAAAUCAAUUAUUUCUUAAUAAUCCACAAAUAAUGUAUUGGCAAUUUGAAGUUAUGUAUUCAUUUUCCUCAGAUACAAGUUCAAGUGCAUUGAAUUUUAUUAUUAAUCAACCUCCUACGAACGGUUCUUGUUCGAUUAGUUCUUUAAAUGGUACAACAAGUACUUCAUUUACCAUUUCAUGUCCCGAUUGGUUCGAUAAAGAUGGUAUUCAAGAUUAUUCACUAUAUGUUUACACAGCAGACAUAUCAACAAAAGUUAUAAUUGCAUUUAGUGCCGUAUCAAAUUUUCAAGUUUUUUUACCUGCUGGAAAUGAUACUACAUCAUUACUUAAUAUUAUUAUUAAUAUUCGUGAUACAUCGAAUUGUAUAACAGAAUAUUACAUGUCACCGAUAAUUGUACAAUCGGAUUCAGAAGGUAUUAAUAAAUUAAUUACUACCUUUCAAAAUUCAGCAAGUUCAUUAACAAGUAAUCCACUUGUUCGAAUACUUUCAAGUGGCAAUCAAAAUGCAGUAGGACAAAUUAUUACAUCACUUUCAAACGAAUUUAAUAAUGUCAAUACUAAAAAUAUAGAAGAUGCUAUUUCGAAUGGUAUUUCUGCAACAACUAUUUCAGUUUCAUCAUUAGGAGAAAGUCAAGCUUCACAAACGACAAUAAUAUCAGUGAAUAAUUCUGCUACUAUUGAAUAUAAUUCUCAAUUGAAUAGUUAUGCAAAUGUUCGAGAUUAUCUAAUAACAUUUACAAGUAAUCUUCUAAUUACUACAUCAGAUAGUAUUAAGCUGCAAGCAUCAUCAUUAGCUCGAUUUACUGAAGCAACAAAUCAAUUAACACAAAAAACUUCGAUGCUUGCAUCUGAUAAAUGUUAUCAAUUAGCUCAAGCUUUGUAUUCUAUGUCAAACAAAAUUCCAUAUGAAGAUGUUCAAAUUACAGCUAAUCAAAUUUCACAAUGCGCAUCCAAUGUGUUAACAGCUAUUAAUGGACCAUUACAACAACGAACAAGUACACUUGAUUUAGAUUUUUCACGUUCAACUAAUUUUCCAAGUGAUUAUGAUACUGAUCUUGAAUCUGUAUGGGCUCAUCCAAAUUUAGUUGAUGGUGGAAACGAUUAUUCAUGGGAAGCAAUUGAACAAGGUCGAUAUAAUUAUUAUCAAAAACAAGCAGCAAAUCAAAUCACAACUCAAGUCAAUCAAAUAACAUCAUUGUUAACAUCUGCAUUAAAUAUUCAUUUAAAUAUUGGUCAAAAUAUAACAAUGAAUACAUCAUCUGUAAUUAUGUCAUUAGAAACGACUUCUAUUAAUUCACUUUCAAAUAAACUUGUUGAACCAAUGGGAGAUGCAAAAAUUCGUCUUCCAUCAAAUUUUAAUAUAAAUAUUCAAAACAAUGAAACAAUAUCACUUCGUUCGAUAAUACAACCAUUGGCAUCAUCUGAUCAAUCACAAACACAAUCAUAUACAAAUCUUUCAACAUCAAUUUCACUUUCAUUACUUGAUCACAAUGGUAAUGAUAUUUCUGUUCAUACUAAUCAAUCAAUUGAAUUUAUAAUUCCACGUGAUAUUAAUUUAAUUUUACCAUCAAUGAAUUUACAAAAUGUAACAUCACUUAAUCAUAUAUUAUUUAAUUUACAUUAUGUUAAUAUAACACAAUCGAAUAUUAAUAUAACAGUUUCACUUCAUUUUGAAAUGCAUCCUUUACAAAUAACUCUCGCUUAUUUAUUAAUCUAUAGAUUUGAUAGUACACCUCAAUUAAAUAGUUCAAUCAAUCGAAUUGAUGGUUGGUCAUUAUUUUGUCCUUCAAAUUUAACCAGUGAUGAUCACUAUAAUUAUUUUAUUGAUAAUCAACAUACAGUUGGUCAUCAAUCAGUUAUAUUUGGUUUACGUGAAUUAAAUUCAACUGAAAAAAAGAAAUUUUGUUCAAAUUCAACAAUUAAUACUCCACCCAUUUUAGAUCAAUCAUUUAAUUUUACCGAAAAUUAUGAACUUCGUACAUAUACAUCCGGUUGUUAUUAUUUAGAUAAAAAUAAUAAUUGGCAAUCAGAUGGAUUACUAGUUGGACCUUUAACGGAUCAUUAUAAAACACAAUGUUUUUCAACUCAUUUAACAACAUUUGCAGGUGGUUUUCUUGUUUUACCCGAGCCUAUUAAUUGGAAUUAUGUUUUUGCUAAUGCUGGUUUUAAUAAAAAUAAAACUAUUUAUUUAACUGUCAUAUGUUUAUCCAUAAUAUAUAUCUUAUUAAUUAUUUAUGCACGUUAUAAAGAUAAAAAAGAUAUUGAAAAAUUAGGAGUAACAAUUCUACCUGAUAAUCUAAAACAAGAUCAAUAUUUUUAUCAAAUUAUUGUUUUUACUGGUCAUCGAAAACGUUCAGGAACAAAAUCAAAAGUACAUUUUAUACUUGCUGGUGAUCAAGAUGAAACUCAAGUUCGAAUAUUUGCUGAUCCCAAUAGAAAGAUUUUUCAACGUGGAGGAAUUGAUUCAUUUGUUAUGUCUGUUGAAAAGUCAUUGGGACCAUUGAAUUAUAUUCGUUUAUGGCAUGAUAAUACAGGUCCAGGUAGUUCAGCAUCAUGGUUUCUUAAAUAUAUUAUUGUUCGUGAUUUACAAACAAUGGAAAAAUCUUAUUUUAUCUGUCAAAAAUGGUUAGCUGUUGAAAAAGAUGAUGGACUUAUUGAACGUCUUUUACCCAUUGCUGGUGAAUUACAAAAACAAGAAUUUUCUUAUCUUUUAGCAAAAAAAGCAUAUUAUAGUGUAUCGGAAGGUCAUCUUUGGUUUUCAAUCUUUAGUCGACCACCAUCAGAUAAAUUUACACGAGUUCAACGAUGUACAUGUUGUUUUGUUUUCUUAUUUCAAUCAAUGUUUCUAAAUAUUCUGUAUUACAAUCAAAUAUCAGAAGCAAAAGCAGCGAAUAAUACAACAAGUCUAUCAUUUGGUCCUCUUUAUAUUACACCUCAACAAAUUGGUAUUGGUGUAAUUGUUGAAAUACUUGUAUUUGUUCCUAGUCUGUUACUUAUUCAAUUUUUUCGACGUAUUCGAUCUCGACAUAAUCAAAAGCAAGUUUCAGCAUUACAUCAAGCUAUAUUUAAACUUAAACAAUUACCAAUAACGAAAACAUCGAUUGAAUAUGAUAAAAAGAAAAAAGGUCAAAUCAAAUUUCCUUGGUGGUGUAUUUUUUUUGCAUAUGGCUUCUCAUUAUUACUUACUGUUAUAUCGAUAUUUUUUAUUAUUGUCAAAGGAAUUGAAUUUGGUGAUUUAAAAACACAGAAAUGGUUAACAUCAUUAGUUAGUGGAUUUUUUUCGUCAAUUUUUCUUGUUCAACCGAUUAAAAUUAUAUCAGUGGCUGUUAUUUUUGCUUAUAUUAUUCGAAAACCAGAUAAUGAUAAAGAAGCAGCAGAAUAUAUGAAUGAUGAUGUUAAUUUAGCUCAUGAUGAAGAAUAUUUUCCUGCAAUUGAAGAUAUUUCACCGUUUAAUCAUCGAUCAGGGAAUAAUACCAAUCGUCUUGAAGAAGGUGAAGUAGCUUUUGCACGUGAACAACGUUUAAAACAUGUACAAAUGUGGGCAAUUAUACGAGAAAUAUUAAAUUAUGUUGGUUAUCUUUGUUUACUCUAUGUUAUUAUUUAUUCAAAUAAAAAUCGAAAUGCAUUCUUACAAGUUCAACAUUUACGAAACUUUUUUCUAAAUACUAGAAGUACCAAUGAUGAUUAUACAAAGAUUUCAACAAUGGGUCAAUAUUGGAAUUGGUUAGAAAAUAAUUUCGUGAAAAAUAUUCGUGCUCAACAAUGGUAUAAUGGUGAUCCACCUCGAAAUUUAAGUGGUUAUUUAAAUGAUAAAACAAAUCGAUUUAUUGGAUGGGCAACAAUGAGACAAUUACGUAUUAAAUCUCAAUCAUGUCAUAUUCAACAUAUGUCUAUUCAAUCCGAAUGUCAAUAUGAUUAUAGUUUAUUAAGUAAUGAAAAAGAUUCAUUUCAACCUGGAUGGAAUUUAACUAAUCAAACAAAUCAAAUAUAUAGUUCAUCAAUUCAACAAGCAUUUAUUUAUCAAACAGGAGGUAAUUUAAAAACAUAUAUUUCAAUAGGUAAAUUUGGAACCUAUGGUAGUGGUGGUUAUGUUUAUGAAUUUCGUGGUCGAUUAGUUGAUUUACAAACAAAUCUUUCUCAACUUUAUCAAUUAAGUUGGAUUGAUAGUCAAACACGAGCUAUUUUUCUUCAAUUUACAUUAUAUAAUCCAAAUAUACAAUUAUUUACUUCUGCAACAUUUCUUACUGAAUUUUCAUCAACAGGUGGUAUUUAUACACAAUCUAGUUUUCAACCAUUUUCUCUUCAAUUAUUUACAUCACUCGGACAAAUAAUAUGUGCAAUUUUUUAUAUACUAUUUAUAAUUUAUAUGAUGUGUAUACAAAUUCAAAAUAUUGUACGAGAAAAACAAAAUUAUUUUCGUCAUAUAUGGUCAUUUAUUGAUAUUGGAAUUAUAAUAUGUUCAUGGACAUGUGUUGGAAUUUAUAUCGUAAGAUUUCAAGAAUCAAAUCAUAUUGGAGAACUUUUUCAAGAAACAAAAGGAUUUAGUUAUAUUAAUUUACAAUCAGCUGUUUAUAUUAAUGAUAUACUUACAUUAUUAUUAUCAUUUUGUUGUUUUUUUGGUACAAUUAAACUUAUUCGACUUGCUCGAUUUCAUCCGAGAUUAUUACUUUUUACUGAAACACUUAAAUAUGCUUGGAAAGAAAUUAUUUCAUUUCUAUUCAUGUUUAUGAUUAUAUUUCUAGCAUAUAUCAUAUUAUUUUAUUUAAUACUUAAUUCAAAACUUUAUACAUGUUCGAAUUUAUUACAUACAACACAAAUGUUAUUUGAAAUGACAUUAAUGAAAUUUGAUGUAUAUCAAUUACUUGAUGCUGAUCCAAUUCUCGGUCCAAUUUGUUUUAGUUUAUUUAUUUUUACGAUUGUAUUUGUUUGCAUGACGAUGUUUAUUACAAUUAUAAGUGAUAAUUUUCGUGUUGUUCGAAAUAAUCUUAAAUUUAAUCAUAAUCAUGAGCAACAUAUUGUUAGAUUUAUGUUUAAUAAAGUUCAACGUUGGACAAAGAUUGGUCAUGACGAUCAAUGGAGAGAAUAUGAAGAACGUGAUCAACAAAUGCGUGAUCAAUAUUAUGAUCCAAUUGAAUCGUUUCCAGAUAAAAUUGAUCAAUUAUUAGAUUCACUGAAUCGAGUAUUAGAAUACGAUUGA